AUGUCAAGCGAAAAACAAGGAGGCUCGGGGGCAUCUCCCCUAAGCCGUCCGGCUCACACCUUAUCGUUUGAGGCGGUGAUUGAAGAACUUGACACCCUAGUCGAGGAGGGUCUGAGUCCUGACGAAGCCAACCGUCGCCUCCAAGAGUAUGGGCAGAACAAGUUGGAUGAAGACAAGGGCAUUUCAGUCGUGAAAAUUCUGGUGCGCCAGGUGUUGAUUCUCGCCAUGGCGGUCAGUUUCGGCAUUCAAUCAUGGAUUGAGGGUGGCUUCAUCUGUGCCGUCAUUCUCAUUAAUAUUGUCGUGGGUUUUAUUCAGGAAUACGCCGCUGAAAAGACCAUGGAGUCCCUUCACUCUCUGUCUUCGCCUACUGGUGUAGUCUCCAGAGGAGGGCAGACCUUCUCGAUUCCGUCCACGGAUAUAGUACCAGGUGAUAUGGUUGAACUGAGGACUGGCGACACGGUCCCGGCCGAUAUCAGAUUGCUGGAAGCAGUAAACUUUGAAACCGACGAGGCCCUUUUGACGGGUGAAUCCCUUCCCGUCCAGAAAGAAUGCCACUCCACCUUCAAGGAGGAUACAGGGCCGGGAGAUCGCCUGAACAUCGCCUACAGCUCCAGUACCGUUACCCGUGGACGUGCCCGCGGUGUUGUUGUUAGCACGGGUAUGUUUACAGAGAUUGGCUUCAUUGCAGCGGCUCUACGUGCCAGCAACAAUAAGCGUCGUCCAGUCAAGCGUGGUCCAAAUGGAGAAACCAAGAAGCGUUGGUAUGUCCAGGCCUGGACCUUGACGGGAACUGAUGGGAUUGGUCGCUUCCUCGGUGUGAAUGUCGGCACUCCGUUGCAACGGAAGCUAUCUAAGCUUGCUAUCUUACUUUUUGGGGUUGCAGUGCUUUUUGCCAUUGUGGUGAUGGCUGCCAAUCUGUUCAGCGAUAACAAUGAGGUGAUCCUGUAUGCGGUAGGCACAGGCUUGAGUAUGAUUCCUGCUUGCUUGGUGGUGGUCCUUACCAUCACCAUGGCGGUAGGGACAAAACGUAUGGUCGAACGAAACGUCAUUGUUCGAAAGUUGGAUUCGUUGGAGGCCCUUGGUGCCGUAACCGAUAUCUGUUCCGAUAAAACAGGCACUCUAACCCAAGGCAAGAUGGUAGUCAAGAAGGCCUGGAUCCCUUCUCGCGGCACAUAUUCAGUGGGAACUUCGAGUGAACCGUUCAACCCUACGGUCGGUAAUGUGACCUAUACCCCGUUGUCUCCUCUGCAUUUUGAGGACGAGAAAGAAGGCAGUCCGUCGGACAACCCAGAGGACCUUGUGGCAGAAAACCGUCCGCUUGAGGAUUUUCUUAACGUGGCGUCCAUGGCGAAUCUGUCCCACGUGUACGAAUCUGACGAAGGGACCUGGAACGCGCGGGGUGAACCCACGGAGAUCGCUAUUGAGGUAUUUGCAUCCAGAUUCAACUGGAAUCGUGACCGAUGGACCAAGGGCCAGAGUCCAAUAUGGCACCAAAAGGCGGAAUUCCCUUUCGACUCCACCGUCAAGAAGAUGUCCGUGAUCUUUACACGAAUUACUUCGCAAGAAGAACGCUCCAUGGUUUUCACCAAGGGUGCCGUAGAACGCAUCGUCGAUGCAUGCACGACAGUCGUCUGGGACCAAGACUCGUCUACACCAAUUCCCAUGACUGAAGAACAUCGCAGUCAUAUCUUCCAGAACAUGGAGGAACUCGCCAAGCUGGGGCUUCGUGUGUUGGCAUUGGCGCAUCGGCCGUAUACUGACAAGGCGCGGGUGUUGGAAGGCGCCGACCUCGACCGUGACGAUAUUGAGAAAGACCUCUGCUUCCUAGGACUGAUCGGCCUCUAUGAUCCACCGCGCCCGGAGACGGCCGCUUCUAUCCAAGCCUGUUACCAAGCGGGAAUUGCAGUGCACAUGGUAACCGGCGAUCACCCAGGAACUGCAAAGGCCAUCGCACAACAAGUCGGAAUUCUCCCUGCAGAUCUCAGCACUGUGGCUGCAGAUGUUGCUGAUUCAAUGGUUAUGACCGCCAGUCAAUUUGACAGCCUCUCUGAAGCCGAAAUCGAUUCUCUCCCCACAUUGCCCCUGGUUAUUGCGCGCUGUGCUCCACAGACAAAAGUGAGCAUGAUCAAUGCACUCCACCGCCGAGGACGCUUUGCUGCCAUGACUGGAGAUGGUGUGAAUGACUCGCCAUCUCUUAAACAUGCCGAUGUCGGUAUUGCAAUGGGACAGGCCGGGUCAGAUGUAGCCAAGGACGCUUCAGACAUCAUCCUCACUGAUGAUAAUUUUGCUUCUAUUUUGAAUGCAGUGGAGGAAGGUCGCCGGAUUUUCGACAAUAUUCAAAAGUUUGUCCUUCAUCUACUAGCAGAGAACAUCGCCCAGGCCUGUACACUGCUUAUUGGACUAGCCUUCAAAGACCUAGAUGGCCGGUCAGUCUUCCCACUGGCUCCGGUUGAGAUCAUUUGGAUCAUCAUGGUUACUUCGGGUAUUACGGACAUGGGUCUGGGCAUGGAGGUAGCCGCUCCAGAUAUCAUGGAUCGGCCCCCUCAAUCCAAGAAGGGUAUCUUCACGUGGGAGGUGAUAAUUGAUAUUUUGGUCUAUGGUAUCUGGACAGCCGCUCUCUGUUUAGCAGCCUUCUCCAUCCGAAUGUGGGGUUUCGGCGACGGCAACUUGGCCAGUGGCUGUAACCGCAGAUGGUCAGCAGAAUGCGACGAGGUGUUCCGCGCGCGAGCAACAACAUUCGUUUGCCUUACAUGGUUUGCCUUAUUUCUAGCGUGGGAGAUGGUCAACAUGCGCCGUUCAUUCUUCCGCAUGGAACCCAAGUCCAAGAAGUACUUCACGCAGUGGAUGUAUGACGUGUGGCGGAAUCAGUUCCUAUUCUGGUCUGUGAUGGCUGGCUGGAUCACCAUGUUCCCGAUCCUGUAUAUUCCCAUAAUCAACGACGUGGUAUUCAAGCAUGUCGGCAUCUCGUGGGAAUGGGGGAUUGUAUUUGUCGAAGUGGUAGUUUUCUUCGCUGGAGUUGAGGCCUGGAAAUGGGCUAAGCGCGUGUAUUUCCGUCGCCAGGAGUGGAAACAGGGACCGACGUCUCGCAUCGACGUUGCCGAAACUACUCGGAGUACCGCAUAA